AUGGUCAAGGUAUUGGCUGCUCUCACAAGGAUUAGGGCGAGCCGAAACGAUUCCGUAUGGAAGCUUCUCGUGAUAGUACUUCCCGCUUUGGCUGUUCUGUUUUGGCUGUUGCUCACGGUUCAUGGACAGCUAGGCUGGAUGAGGACGCCCGUUGUUGACUGUAAAGGUGCGGCGACGACGACUCCACCGUGUGAGACGGACGUCGUCUACCGGGGCCCGGCGGGCAUCCCCGCCUUGCGAACACGGGCCGAUCUGGGAGCACUGAUGCAAGCGCGCGGAUUCACACACGGUGCCGAAGUUGGUGUACAGAGUGGCUCGCACGCGAAACAAAUCCUCCAAGCCUGGAUCAGCUGCGAACGCUUCCAUCUUGUCGAUUUGUGGGGCCAUCAAGAAAACUGCAAGGGUUCGGCUAAUUUUGAUCAAACCAAACAGGAUGCGCUGUUUCAAGGGGCGCAAGACCUGCUGCAGCCUUGGCGAAAUAUUACGACCUUCCACCGGAUGCUUUCGACGCAAGCGGCCCAGCAAAUUCCGGAUCAGUCACUGGACUUCGUCUACGUCGACGCCCGCCAUGACUAUUGCGGUGCCACGGAAGACAUUCAGGCGUACUACCCAAAGCUUCGACCGGGCGGUAUUCUGGCGGGGCAUGAUUAUCUCUCAUUUGCUGAACAAAAGGCUGCGGACCCAGGUCAAGACUGGUCGGUUUGCAUGGAUGGCACGGUAAACGUCGGAGCGGUCAAAGGCGCGGUACAACAGUUCGCGCUCGACAAGGGUCUUACGUUUUCCGUCGUUUACGCUGCGAACGGAGGGGACCGAUCGUGGCUUCUGCAGAAACCCACACGGAUGGAGUGUGUGGAGGCAAUGGGAGGCUACGGUUCGGAUCUUGUGCGGAUAGUGAACUGAAAUAGGCUCGAUAGGAACCCAAUCCGGAGGGCCAUCGUGCGAUGAGUUGGCUGCAGCAAAUCUACAUAGCGGAUUGUUCAGGUGAAGAGAACCGUCCUUAGGCUUCACAGUCUAGGCAAAUCUCGGUUUCGCAUUACCAGUCGUAGAGAGGUUUUAACUGUAAGCAAAGAUUAUUUCCCCCUUU